AAGCUGUGUACAUAUUCUUCCUCGGGAUAGAAUUUACAUAUCAUUUUUGUCUUUAAGCUUCUUUAGGGCAUAACAGCACUGGGGAAGGUAUUGCGCUAACGAGCAAGACUGUUAUUGCUAAGUGGGGGCCGGCGUGUACAAUUGCAUGCGUAGCCUUAAAGUGGGUAGCCCGCAGCGGAGUCCUCGUUGCGCACCGGUCUCUGCUCGACCCACGGAAGCCCCACGACGGCCUGCGCCGUCAGAGCCGCCGACGACACGCGGAAGCCCCAGUUUUAGGCGUCGUGGCACGAUGGUUCUAGGCCUGAAGACCAUCGCGGGCUUCGUGUCGAGGUCGCUCCGACGAGGCACAAGCACGCGACUGGAGGCAGCAUCGCGCGAGCCGAUGACACAGGCGGAAAUCGAGGACCUGGUGCUGAAGCUGAACAAAAUUGAGGCCGUCAAGUUCGGCGAAUUCAAGCUUAAGAGCGGCUUGGUGUCCCCUGUCUACGUGGACCUUCGCAUCAUCGUCUCGUACCCCGACGUGCUCGAACAGGUUUCACGCAUGAUGUGGAAUGCAGUGCGCGGCUGUCAGUACGACAUCAUCUGCGGUGUGCCGUACACUGCCCUGCCCAUUGCGACCUGCAUGUCCUUGGGCUUUGGCGAGGCCAUGGUUAUGCGCCGCAAGGAGGUGAAGGAUUACGGCACAAAGAAGGCCAUCGAGGGGGCCUACAAGGCGGGCCAGCGCUGCCUCAUAGUGGAGGACCUGGUCACCAGCGGGGCCUCCGUGCUGGAGACCCUGGACCCACUCAAGGCGGAGGGGCUGCUGGUGAGCGACGUAGUCGUCCUGAUCGACCGCGAGCAGGGCGGUGAGGCGCACCUGGCCAAGCACGGCCUGAAGCUGCAUGCCGCCUUCAAGCUGUCCGCCAUGUUGGACGUGCUGACGAAGCACCAGCUAGUUACCGAGGAGCUGGCGGACAAGGUUAGGACGUUCAUUGCGGAGAACCAGACAACGCUGCCGUCGGCGGGGGCGGCAGCGCCAGCCGGGGCAGCAGCUGCCCCGGCGGCUGUGGCUGCUGCACCAGCUGCCGCCGCCGCCGCCGCUGCAGUAGCAGCUACGGCGCCAGCACCCGUGCCUCCCGCAACCUUGAAGAGAUUGCCGUACGAGCAGCGCAUUCCACUGGCCAAGAACGCGAUGGCGCGACGGUGUCUAGAGGUCAUGGUCCGCAAGCUGACGAAUCUCAGCGUGGCCGCGGACGUCGACACGGCGGAGGAAAUGUUGGAGCUCGCGGAUAAGGUUGGGCCGUACAUUUGCGUGUUUAAGACGCAUGUUGACAUUUUUGACAAGUGGGACGACUCCAUCGCCGCCCGGCUCACGGAGAUUGCCAGAAAGCACGAUUUCUUGAUUUUCGAGGACCGCAAAUUUGCGGAUAUUGGCAACACCGUGGUCUCCCAGUACGGCGGCGGCAUCUACAAGAUCGCCGAAUGGUCGCACAUCACCAACGCCCACCUGGUGCCAGGUCCCGGCAUCAUUGACGGCCUCAAGACGGUGGGGCUUCCGAAGGGGCGAGGGCUGCUGCUUCUGGCAGAGAUGAGCAGCAAGGGCAACCUGGCCUCCGGGUCGUACACGGAGGCCGUUGCGGCGGUUGCGGAGCAGCACGCGGACUUCGUGAUGGGCUUCAUUUCCAUCAACCCCGCAGCCUGGAAGAACGGACCUGGGUCACCAGGCCUCCUGCACAUGACCCCGGGCGUACAGCUAGCCGCUGGCGGCGACGCGCUGGGCCAGCAGUACAACACACCCAUGGACGCUGUUGCCGUACGCGGCAGUGACGUCAUCAUCGUGGGACGUGGCGUCAUCAAGGCCGCUGACCCUGCGGCCGCGGCGAAGCAGUACCGGGAUGCGGGCUGGGAGGCUUACAAGGCCUCCCUGUAA